AUGUGUGAUUUUGAUCGCUCUGAACUGACUACUUCGGGGAUCAUAGAUCUCGCGACAGCGCUAGCCAGUGAUGGCGACAUGCGCAUGCCACUUCCCCCGUCAUUCCCAUACUUCACGGAAGUAGAUGUUGUGGCUGAUCCAUUUGAGAUGGUCUAUUUCUACGCAUGCCGCCCUUUAUGGCUCUGUGCAAGAGGGGUCCAAUUUGUGCACAACGAAGAAGUUUGUCCUGAUCGACCUCCGCUCCAAAUCUGGAUUCAAUUAGUGGAAGAAUUGCAACAAUGGUAUCGUGAGCGACCAAGGGAAUUUCAACCCAUGGUGGAAUUAGAGCUGGAUGAUCAGUUAGCUGGACCAGAAAGAAGUUUUCCGGUUGUUCUCUUUGCUAAUGGAGCAGGGUUGUUUGGCAACCAGUUGUACCAUACGGCCAUGUUAAUUUUACUACACAAUCGGCCUCGCACCGCACGCAUCACCGACUUCCACUCUGGUGCCAUGUCGUCGCUGUGGCAUGCGCAGCGGAUAUGCAGUAUUGCUCUCCACAAUGAUCGUAGGGAGUGCUGGGAUCCAUGUCUCCUGGCAUCCUUUCUGUUAGCAGCUCGUCGGAUGACACAUGAGUCCCAACAAGAUGAAGUUGUGCGUGGGCUCGACCGCAUCUGCACGGUGACAGGGUGGAAUGCGAGCGACUGCUUGCAGAGCCUGCGAGCAGAGUGGUGCCUCCUUGACCAAAUAUGCUAG